CCGGGGGCUGCCGCGGCGGGGUCCCCCCGCCAUGCCCGCCCGGGGGCUGCCGCGGCGGGGUCCCCCCCGCCAUGCCCGCCCGGGGGCUGCCGCGGCGGGGUCCCCCCCGCCAUGCCCGCCCGGGGGCUCGCGGGACAGGCGGCCGGCCGCCCGGGUGGCCAACGAUGAGACGGCGGCGGCGGGCGGGACGGAGCGGGCAACCGCCUCAGCGGGAAAUAUUUGUCGCUCUCCAAUAGCUGAAGCAGUUUUUAGAAAACUUGUAACUGAUGAAAAAGUUGAAAAUAAGUGGAUGACAGACAGUGCUGCUGUUUCAGACUGGAACGUGGGGCGCUCCCCAGAUGCAAGGGCUUUAAGCUGUCUAAGAAAUCAUGGCAUUGAGACAGCACAUAAAGCACGGCAGAUUACUAAAGACGAUUUCCAGACCUUUGAUUAUAUACUUUGUAUGGAUGAGAGCAAUCUAAGAGAUCUGAAAAGGAAAAGCAACCAAGUUAAAGACUGCAAGGCCAAAAUUGAAUUACUUGGAACUUAUGAUCCACAGAAACAACUUAUCAUUGAAGAUCCGUACUAUGGGAAUGAAAAGGACUUUGAAACUGUUUACGAGCAGUGUGUUAGAUGCUGUAAAGCAUUUUUGGAGAAGUCUCAUUAAUGUUUCAUCAUCUUAUUUCUAAAAGAAAAUACUAGCUUCUCCUGAAAUAUGUAAGGUUUAUUUCAUUGAUGUAUUUAAAUUGUAAAAUUAUGCCUCAGUGUUCAAAAAAUUUUCAGUUUAAUUUUAUAUUUUAGGUGUCAUCUAAUUAAAAAUAUAGAAGAGUUUUAAUUGAAUUAGGUGAUCAACCAUUUUGUCACACAUCAACAUAGUAAUAAAAGUAUAUAAUUCAGAAUAAAUUUAUCUGUAAACACUUCCAGUGUUUUCUCACAAGCACUGCAAAAGUAAUGUCUUGUUUCUUUAUAUGCUGUACUAACUAAACUGAGGUCUUUUCAUUGUGCCCUUAAUGAGUUAAUUUAAAUGAACUUUCAGUGGGAGUCUCUGAGUUAAUAGUUCAUGUAUGAUAACUUAGGUGUGUCAUGCUAGUAUCAUGAGACAGCCUUUGGAUUGAAGCUGUUUCAUAUUAAGCCUGCUAGACUGAAAGAACUGCCUGCCCCCAGACGGACAUUGCUGUUAGCACUAUUUCAAUGCUUAAGCAAGCAAAACCUCUCUGUGUGUCAUCGGGAUUGUGUGGAAAUGUUUUUUUUUUAAUUAGUUUAAAUGCUCAGUUAUUCAAAGAAGAAAUAUUUUUUGUUCUAGUACAUUUUUACACUAAUUGAGAUGAACUUAGUUCAGAAAUAGUGAUUGCUCUUAAUAGGCCUUUUCUGGCUAGUCUUCCUUUGGUCCUGUAGUCAAUCUAACAUAGCAUUUAUUUGAGGACAAAACAGGUCACUGUCAAAGCCUGAACAUGAAACAUACAUUUUGUAUCUCAUAGUAGUAAAAUACUCAAAUCCAUGCAGUAUAAUCAAUGAGAAAUUUGCUAUAAUCCCAGUCCCUAUGUGGGUGUCAGACAAUAUUUUCAAAUCUACUCAGGAGAAUGGAUAGCCUGUCAAAAGUGUUUUCUGACACUGUAGUUCAACCUGAAGACAGUCCACUGGUAGUGUAAUACAAAGUUAACAGGCAGCCGGGAAGUAGAAAGCUCUGCUCUUGGACAAAUAUUGAAUACUUUGUAAAAGUCCACACCUGUUUGUCUGAACACCACCUUUCAUUUCUGCCUUAGAAACAUAAAUGUACCAAGGUCAGUAACGUAACUGAUACCAUAAUAAUCUUCCUAUUUUGAAUAAUACCAGCAUUGGUAUGAACUAGCAUUACCAUAUGAUCUGUAAAACUUGCUUUCCUAUUUACUUAGCCUUGGUUUUGCUCCUGUCUGCCUUCCAAACUAGUAGAGUAGCCUCUGUAUUUGUCACGGGCUCUCCUUUCUGGGAGAGGGAUGCAUUUCAAUAGAGGGCCUUGUUAUUCCUGGGGAGGGAGGAAUCCUGGUGUCACUUUGUGUGUGCUGCAGCCUGCACAAUGGGGAUGAAGUUCCCUGUGGGACUCUUGCUGUAGAACAGCUGUGUUUGUGUUAGUGAGGUUUGUUUUGUGCUAAAAUUUCAAUCAGACAUAAAACUUAAGAACCUGCUUAUAAAAAGGCAAUUGAUAGAUGAAACAAAUAUCUUUGUGCAUUAUUGCAUUACCAGUAGUUUUGACUUUUAAAGAACAAGCUAGAAACUUGCAAGUUAACAGCUGAUUCACUUCAGGGACAAAGAGUAAUAAUAUUUUAGGUCAGAUCAAGCACUGACUCAGGAGUCUUUAUGAAUGAUUUGACAAAAUAAGUAAGGGAAAAUGAUGGGCAGUUAGGUUCAAACCACCUUAAAUGUGGUUUUAUGCACUAACCUCAGAAAGGAACUAUUUAGGUGUAAUUUAAUGUUAUUCUCUGCCAGAAUGACCAUUUAAAAUAUUCCAGUGAAAGCAGAGUAACUCAGAAAAUUAAGAACAUGGUGGUUUGUGCUUUCCCAUUCGUGGCUGACUAAGAACUGAACCUAUAGUUUCUUACAUGUUAAAGUUAAGAUUUAAAGGUCUUUCAUCUUUGAGCUGUUGGGUUAACAGGAAGGACAUGAAAGGGUAUGGUUGUUUACCUUCACUAGGCUUAGGAAUCUUCCUGUAAAGUGAUACUAAGUCAAAACUAUUUGUGUUAAAUUCAGUGCAGAUUUUAAGUUUCAGCCUUGAGGUGUAUUUUCAGCAAGUAAUCUAUUGGCUAAAUAAUUCACUAGCUCCACUAGGAAGAAAAAGCCAAUUGAUUGAUUUUUAUCCUUAGUGGGUUUCUUUUGGAGGAGGGGAAGGAGAGCACCAUGGUAUUUUAGAAGCAUUUGUAGAAUACAAGAAUACAGAACAAGAAUUGUCUUCGGGAAGGACAGUUGCAUAGUACCAUUAUUUGGGUUCUAAGAGAAACAGUGAACGUAGGAUUAAUGUACAAAUCAUGUAUCGUAUCGAUGACUACGCUCUUGCAGAUUUAAAAUGCCACUCGUGAAAAAUGUUACGUUGAAUGAAAUAAUACAGAACUGAGGAGUCCUUCUCUCUGUCCCCCACCAUGGCUUAUUUUAGUUUAGGUAGUAUGGUUAUACUUAAAACUAAAUAAAACCAAUCUGCUACAGUAUAGCUGUAUCUUCUGUCAAAGCAUGCUGACUUCUGCUAAACCUAGAGAAAACUUCCAUGGGAUUAACUUAUUUAUAUUCAUUUAUUAAAUCGUUAGAUAAAUUGCUGUUUUCUUUUUACUAGGAAAUUUUCUGUGAAGUUUUUAUUUAACAAGAUUUCAGGUGUCCUACUAUAGAAAGAAGGAUUUUAUACUAAUUCAAACUCUCAUGUUAAAUAACAUGCUGUGAUCUGAUUUCAGUCAGUGCAAGCACAGAGCAUAGAGUUCCACCCACAUGUUCACUGCAGAGAAGCAGCUAAGUGAAUCCUGUAGCAGUAGAUUCCUUUAACUACCAGGUUUUUGGUCUGCAUGUAUUGCUUCCAUUGAGAAAUGAAACUUUAGCAUUUAGUGGUCACUGAAAGCAAAUAAAAACAUUUACUUUGCCCUUACUAAAUACAGCCAUAUUCUAGGAUGGAGUUUUGUACUUCUGCCAUUUUUUUUUUCUUUUUUUCUUCUGAAGAGCUAGAUGCUGAAGGUUCUUAAGUGUGAAUAUCAAGAAUCCCAGCUCCUAGCUAUUUCUCAGGGUGGGGAGGGGUGUGUUUGGUUUUGGUUUUAUAUUGUGGUCUGAAUUGAUUAUAGAAUGGAAGCUAAUGGCAGUAUUAAGGUAAAAGUACCUGAGGUUCAUCUACAGAUCACACGUAAAAAUUUUCUUUUGGUUUGAGCUGUUUUAUUACAAGUAGUUUCAACAUCUGAUUUAAGGAAGAAAGGGAAAUGCAUAUCAAGGCUUCUUGAGUAAGUGUUCACUGACUCCUUAAAAAUUUUAUGAUACUAGAAUGAUUUGUUGGACAUUUACUGAUUAUAUUCCCUUGCAGUAUCAUGAAUAGAUUACAGAUAACUUUUUUUUUUUUUUUUUUGGUAAAAAACAAAACCCAAACAAACAAAAGACCUAAACCAACCAUUUGUCAUAAAGAAGAUUCAAAUUUAUAAUGCUCUAGAGAACUGCAGUAGCCUUGUGGUCUGGGCGUUUUGUGGGACUGGAACACACAGAUCUGCCAUCCUCACAAAAUACAUAGUCCGAAUUACUGGUCUCUGAGGGUGGUACCUUUCUUUCUUACUCAAGUGAACUCUUACUGGAAAGAGGUUUAAGUGUAUAUAGGUGAUAGUAGCUACUGGAAGAUAGCUUGUUUAUCUGGAGUCAGGGAACAGAAAGCAAAUGUAGAACAACUUAAUACCAAACACUUUAUUACUUAUGCUUGUUAUUUACAGUAUUUACAUAUUGCACGUUCGCUGGAAUGUUUUAUACAUUUGUUAUAUAAAGUAAAUUAAUGGCAGCUUGUGUUUGUGUACAAAAUCCAUGCUCCACUGUCCCAAAAAUACGUCUACUUGAAUUACGUUCCUGUUUGUCAUGCAAUUUGUACUCCUAGGGUACAAUGUGACCCCAAUGCAAGUCUGUUUUAACCAAACUUUUAGAAAAUUGCAUAAGCAUGAAGGGUAUCAAGUGACCACAACUACUGUGGAGCAGAUCUUUAGUAGUUCUAGAUAUACAAACAAACAUUCCUUAAAAUUGUAGAAUUAAGCAAUAGAACAUCAAUUUUCUUGGUGAAAUACUUGUGUUUACAUAAUUUUUGGCAGCAUUACACAUCAGUUGUAAAGUGUGUUUUUAAGUAUGGAGCAUUGAGUACUACUGGCAGUUAUGCUACUGUAAAGAAUGUCAAUCUGCAAACUGUUGAUGACAUACAAAAUGCAUGUUAAAAGAAUUAUGGGAAGUAGUCUGUCAAUCUGCAAAAAUAAAUCUCUUGUUCACAAUGGAAUAUGUUAUAAAGGUAGUAAGUUCUAUUUCCCUGUUGGUUUCCAAGGCACUUCUCUUGGUUCUUGGUGUUUCUUUUCAUGGCAAUAACAUCUGGUGGAUUAAAAGAAAGAAGAAAAUAGCCUUUCAUCAUUUUUAUACUCACAUGCAUGUGUUUAAGAAUGUCUUCAUCAUACUGAAAAUAGUAAAUAAAACUGGAGAAUUCAUUAUUAACUUUGGAAAGAUCCAGUAGUGCAUUUCUGAUCUAGCUCAGUUAGUUCGUAGAAGCCUGACUGCUAUAUUACCAUUUUGCUUGUUUAAUCAAGGCUGAAAUUUUGGAAAGCAUCCCUAAAUUUGGAAAAUACAGUUCUACCUAUUCAUAAUGUGCUCAUAGUUACAUGUAGCCUGUUCCUAGGAGCGCUGUGAAGUCAAAAAGUGAAUAAACCUCAAGGACAGUACUAACAGAUUGCAAAUUUUGGUCUUAAUGUCUUGGAGUCAGGAAGCUAUUGAUAUGAUGUCCAGUAAUAUAAAUCUGUCAAGGUAAGGUUUGAAGGAUCCAGGAAGGGUCUGAUGUUUCAUUGGGCCCAUUACUGAAGAAAUUUGGACUUGUAUAAACAAGAAACAAAAGUAACUUUCUGAGAGUAGUCAUAUAAAUAGCCCCUGCAACAUGCAAACACUGAGGCAACACAAAUGUGAGUCGGAGCUGCAGUGGUUCAGUUUGCUGCCUGUUUUCUUCCCAGAGUAGCUUCUUGGAGUGAAAUCAAAACUAUUUCUGUGACACUGGUAUCAAAAUCACUGAUAAGAAGUUAUAGGUUUCCACAUUGUUUAUGUUACAUAUAUUGUCUAUACUCUAGAAAUGUUAAUUCAAAGGCUGAGCAGUGAAGGUUUCCAUGACCCUCUUCCCCCACACCUUUAAGCCUUCUGAGAAAAUGUAGUGUCACCGUCUCUGCGUAUACGUAUCUAGAAAUGUAACUUCUCCAGUAACUAUGGAGUUGGUUUUCUGCUACCAGAUUUUCUAGACAGGUGACCAUUGGAUGCUACAAGUUUGUCUACCCACUUUCAUGUGUUUUGAAGACAACCUGUUAAUGCCCUUAUUUUGAAGUAAAAAAUGCACUGUCUUAUUAGUUAAUACGAACUGCAGGGGGUGAAAGACAUGCAAACAUUCAGCUGAAGCUUGUGUGUCUCAUAGAUGCCCAAAGUCCACGUGAGAGAGAAAAACCUGGUCCUUUGACACUAGAGUUCUGCGGAUCUUUCAUAGUCUGUCUGAACAUAUGUAACUCUCUUUCCCGUGAUCACUGUGAAUUCUCUGAUAUUUUGAGUUUCUCUGCAAAUUAUACUUAAGCAGUAGAAAAAGUAAUAAAUCAUCUGAAUGCAAAGUCAGUCAGACUUGACAUAAUCCAUUGGAAAUCAAGCUAUUGGUGCAUACAGAAAUACUUGUUAGUAGUAUUUAAACAUACUUAGUUUUGCAAUUUUUUUAAAGCUAUUAGGAAAUGUAAUAAUGUUACAGAGAAGCUUAAUGUAAUUUAGGUUUUUUCUGGCUUUGCAGAUAGGACAAAUACCUUUUUUUCUUUUUUUUUUUAUUAAUAUUCUUCCUUAAAGGGAAACUCAUGUAAAUUUUCCUUGGCUUGUAUUUUCAUCUAGGCUAUUUUCUGUAUGUGUGCCCAUACUGUACUCUAUUUAAGCUGUGGUGUUUAAAAGUUACGUUUAAAACCAAAUUAACAUGAUUUUGGUUUGAUCGGUCUGUGGUACAACUGAUACAAAAAACUGUGAGAAUUUAAUAAACAGUUUUUUCAUUGCUAAUACUAAUGGGAAUAUGCAACUCACUGAGAGUGAAAAACUGGAUAUGGAUAGGAUGCUCAUUUGUCAUCUCAACUGUAUGUGCUUUUGUAUGGAUAUCUGAUCAAAAGCUGUGGGUCUUAGAUUUCCAGCGCUUAGCUAAACUGCAUUUCUAAAUGUCUGGUAUUUUCAGAAAACCUUGAAAGGGCUCCAGAUUUUUAGUACUGAUUGGUCUGUUGUUCUUUUUUAUGUCACAUAGUCUAUGUUAUAUGCAUCAGUCUAGGAAAAUUAUACUGGAAUUUAACUGAAGGAUGGCAGGUGGUCUUAGUGGAGAUCUUCAGUGCUAUUUGUCUGCAGUCUG